AUGUCUGGUCAGAGAUUGUGUGAGCAGGGAGAGGAUGAUUGUAGGCCUGCAGAACUGCAGGAGACACUGGCAACACUGAGAGCUUCACAAGAACUGUCAGCUAGAGUCUUUGUGAGCAGCAGCAUCUCUGCUCCAUCAGCUGGUAAAAAGCAAUCAGAGGAGUCACAGGGACACUCACAAGAAGCUCAGCAGCAGUCAGACAUUGUUUAUGAAGAUAUUGAAAUUGAAAAAAUUUUUAUUCUUGAGAAGUUCUUGAAUCAAUAUGCAGAUAUUGUCAGGAACACUCUCUCUCUGUUAUCUGAGUGA